UUAGGUCAGGGUAGAUACAGCAUGUCGUAUAAAUUAAAAUAUUAGCAUUUUGGUGUGCAACAUUUUCCGAUGAGAACCUUGCCAAUAUAUGUUAUAUAUUAAUCCAACUUCAAAGAAACAGAAGUUAAUUUUGAUGGAAGAUGGAGGACUCAGCUUUAGAGGAAUUGUUACAGAUACUUGAAAAAUCAGAAUCACAGGUUUUCAGAGAACAUAUUUUAAAGAAUUUGUUAGGUUUAACAGGUACAAAAGAUGGUCUGAACUGUCUUUUGAAAGCAAGUGAAAAAUGUGUGAGUGUUUUGUGCCAACUGCUUCAAGAAGAAAAGGAAUCUUUGAGAGAGAAUGCUUUAAAAUGCCUGAUAAACUUGACAUCAGAAGAACCAUUUUCUCAGUGUAUAGUUAAGGUUAAAGAUAUUCCAAUUAUUGACCAACUUUUCCAAUGGAUUAUUCAGAAAGACAAACAUGCUGAUUUAUCAUGUAGAAUUAUAUCUAAUAUCACCCACUGGAAAUCUUGCUGUGAACAGGUACUACCAUAUCUUCAAAAAGAGAGAUUGCGAUUGGAGCAUCUAGUAGAAGUGUUAUGUGAUGUGGACCGCCAUUCAGACUACCAUUAUGUAGCAUCCGUGUUAUGUAACUUGACACAACUACCCGUUGUCCAAGAAAUGAUAAUGGAUCGAAACCGCUGCUUACUUCAACAGUUGUUGCCUUUUACUACCUACAUGGAUUCAAGCAUAAGGCGUGCAGGGAUUGUGGGAGUAUUGAGAAAUUGUUGUUUUGAUACAGAUUGUCAUGAGUGGCUACUAGGAGACAGUGUGGACAUCCUCCCUCAUUUGUUGCUUCCAUUAGCAGGACCAGAACAAUUUCCAGAUGAUGAGAUGGAAAAAUUACCAAUUGAUCUUCAAUAUCUUAGUGAAGAUAAGAAGCGAGAGCCCGAGCCAGAUAUACGGAAGAUGUUGAUAGAAGCAAUUACUCAGCUGUGUGCUACAAAAUAUGGGCGAACUUUUCUAAGAGAUAAACAGACGUAUAUUAUAAUGCGGGAGUUACACAAAUGGGAGAAGUCUUAUCCUGUAUUGUUUGCAUGUGAAAACCUUGUGGAUAUUUUGAUUGGUGAUGAUCCUGAACCUGGGAUGGAAAACCUUAAAAAUGUGGAAAUACCUUCUGACCUUACUGAAAAGUUUGAAAAAGAAGACCAACAGCUUUUAAGUACAGAGUGAAAUAAAACACCUCACACACAUUACUGUGUUUAUACUUACUAUUUUAGUAAUAAAAGUUCAAAACCUCAGAACAUGCAAAAUAUCUCUAUACAUCAGGAUAUCUUUAAUUAAAAGUUUUGAUCAACUUU